AUGCGUCCGGUUAUGGAGAACCUCAAGCAAGUUAUGGUGGAUCCAGGAGUGGUGGAUAUGGCUCUCGAAAUGAGUACAGCUCGGGGAAAGGGCCUAGAAACGAAACCCUUUCUCAAGAUGACUAUGACUCGCACCAAUAUGGUAGUUCUAGAAACGAAUACGGAUUCCGAGGCGAACAUGGACCUCAAAGCGGAUACGAGUCCCGAGGUGGAUACGAGCCUCAAGGACGAUAUGGGCCACAAGGAGGUUAUGAAUCUCAGGGUGGCUAUGGGCCCCAAAGCGGAUACGAGUCUCAAGGACGAUAUGGGCCACAGGGAGGAUAUGAAUCUCAAGGUGGCUAUGGGCCCCAAAGCGGAUACGAGUCUCAAGGACGAUAUGGGCCACAAGGAGGAUAUGAAUCUCAGGGUGGCUAUAGGUCUCGCGAUGAGUACAGCUCUCGGACUGGGUACUCUUCACAAGGCAGAUACGAACAGAACUACGACGACCGUCAUGGUGGUGGUGGAUACAGAUAUUAAGAUCCAGAAUGUGGUAGCUACUCAGUGUUAA